AGAGAGAGAGAGAGAGAGAGAGAGAGGGGGAGAGAGAGAGAGAGAGAGAGAGAGACAGAGGGAUAGAAGGCCCUGGGCACAGGGCUGGUCCCCCUCCUCUGGCUGCGUCAGAGGGGUGAUGCUGUUCUCGGUGGAGCUAACAUGGGAUCUCUGGAUUAGUCCCGCUGCACAGGGGCCCAGAUAGAGACGGAACAUAGGGAGAAUGCAUAUUUCCCUCCGUCUGGAAGAAGACGCCACCAUGAGCAACGUCACCGUCACCGACAACACCGAGCCCAUCGGCCGGACGGCCGGCCCCGCCGCCUCCUACCCCUACCCCUUCCCCGUCGGCUUCCAGGUGUCCCUCACCGGCUUCCUCAUGCUGGAGAUCGUGCUGGGCCUGAGCUCCAACCUCACCGUGCUGGCCCUGUACUGCAUGAAGUCCAACCUGAUCAGCUCCGUCAGCAACAUCGUCACCAUGAACCUCCACGUGCUGGACGUGCUGGUGUGCGUGGGCUGCAUCCCCCUCACCAUCGUGGUGCUGCUGCUCUCGCUGGAGGGCGACACGGCGCUGCUGUGCUGCUUCCACGAGGCCUGCGUCUCCUUCGCCAGCGUGGCCACCGCCGCCAACGUGCUGGCCAUCACGCUGGACCGCUACGACAUCUCCGUCAAGCCCGCCAACCGCGUGCUGACCAUGGGCCGCGCCCUGGCCCUGCUGGCCGCCGUGUGGGUGCUGUCCUUCGUCAGCUUCCUGGUGCCCUUCGUGGAGGUGGGCUUCUUCGCCGUCGGCCAGGCCGAGCUCAACCAGACGCUGGUGGAGACCAUGGUGCACACCAGCCAGUGCUACACCGAGCUGGGUCUGUACUACCACCUGCUGGCCCAGAUCCCCAUCUUCUUCUUCACCGUCGUCGUGAUGCUCGUCACCUACUCCAAGAUCCUGCAGGCGCUCAACAUCCGCAUCGGCACCCGCUUCCAGACCUCGCAGAAGAAGAAGGCGCGCAGGAAAAAGUGCCCGUCGACCGCGGCGACCACGGCGCAGCACGACGGCCCCGACGCCGCCGCCGCCCCGCCGAGCACCGGGAGCCGCAUGCCGGCGCUGGGCAUGCGCACGUCCGUGUCGGUGAUCAUCGCGUUGCGGCGCGCCGUCAAGCGCCACCGGGAGCGGCGGGAGCGGCAGAAGCGCGUCUUCCGGAUGUCCCUGUUGAUCGUGUCCACCUUCCUGUUGUGCUGGACACCGAUCACGGCGCUGAACACGGUCAUCCUGAGCGUGGGCCAGAGCGACCUGACGGUCAAGCUGCGGCUGGGCUUCCUGGUCAUGGCGUACGGGACCACCAUCUUCCACCCGCUGCUCUACGCCUUCACCCGGCAGAAGUUCCAGAAGGUGCUGAAGAGCAAGAUGAAGAAGCGGGUGGUGUCCAUCAUUGAGGCCGACCCCCUGCCCAACAACGCCAUCAUCCACAACUCUUGGAUCGACCCCAAGAGGAACAGAAAGGUGACGUUUGACGACAAAGAGGCCCGGCAGAAGUGCCUGUCCUCGGAGGACGUGGAGUGAGGGAAGCUUCAGGGCGAGGCCGUGUGUUGUAUAAAAGGAAGACUUUCAUUUACAUCAGGUAGUGAUGCGAAAAAGGGAAACACUUUUAUCCAAAGCAGUCAUGUACAUAGUAUGUGUAUUAGAAGUGUACAAAUAAACAGACAGAUCAUAAUUUAUUACUAUUUAUUGAAAAACAACAAAAGUAGAUUUCAUAGAUACACAAUAAAUAUACUGUACUGUACUGUAGAUAUUGCAUGGCUUUUUGUAAUGGUAGCAAUACACAGCACAUUGUGUACAUACAAAAAAACGUGUACAGUAUAUGAAUAAUUAGGGAAACGUAUAAAGAACUAGAAGUUGUUAUGUAUAUGUAUAUUUAUAAUAAAUUGUGUCUUCACUUAACCAGCAGUAUAUUUUGGGUUCUCUUCUCAGUGAUGUACUGUAUGUCGUGUGUUUGUUUGUUUAUAAAGCGAGCACCACCUGUGGCUCUUUAACAAACGUGUUUCUGAUUUCCGUUCAUCAAACAUAAUUACAAUUCUUUGGAUGAAGCCAGGAUGUGGUAUUGUUCCGGGGAGUGUAAUGUUAGCAUCCGUUACCUUAACAUAACUGCUUUUGUAGUCCAAGAGACGGAAAACAUAACAUGGUUCUUAUUAGGAAAUAUAGAUAUUUUCAGAAUCACUUUGGGUUUGACUGCCUUUCCUCUGGCUGCAUGAACCGCGAUCCACUGCCAGCUUCAAUUGGUGUGAUGGGCUCUCUCAUGGACGGCUAGCAUUGUGAUAUCUGCGAAACAGAUGAACAUUUCAAUGCAACCAGGCUUUCAGAACACAAUCUUCUCCCGCAAUUGCUAAAAUUACAAUCCCCAACCACAGCCGUGAGGCCUAAUA